GUGGGAAUCUAUCGCUGUAGCGGUGUGCUUUUUGUUUAUGUAUAAAAAAACAUACUUUCAGCCUUUCCCGGAUAUGUUCUUGAACGCGAACAACAUUCUCGUGGAAUGUGACCAAAGAAUCGUUCAGGGAAAUGUGGUACGGUUGAUGACCUUUUAUAUGUUGCUUCCAAUGUUGGCACAAGCUCUCCACCAGCUAGUGAAUGCAUCCCAAGCAGAUGAUAUCCUCUUGUCGUGAUGCUUUCCACCUUAAUCGUAGGAGUUUCUGUACCAUUGGACACAAUAUGCGAACUAUUGGGUUAAAGCUACGAAGUCUUUAUGAUUUGUAGGCUCACCGUUGACCCGAUGCC